CGUCGUCUCAUAGUGACUGAUUGUUGCAAUAAGUGUGACGUCAAUUAUCUUUCGUCUGAAGAGAAUGCAAGGGAAAACUUUCUACUUACACAAUUGGAAAUAUUUGCAGACAUCGGGUAAGGCGGAGUUUCAGUGGGAAAUAAGAGCACUAAUGGGUACCUACACAAAUAACAAAAAUCUUGAUAGCCAAUAAUUGCUCAGAGGCAUGAACAGUGCGACGUCUGGCAACACUAGCAGUUAGUUGUAAGUGUCAGCCUAGAUGCUGGCAAUUUAUUAUCGAGGAGGAGAAAAUCUAGGGGGGUAACGAUCUACGGGGGCGUUUUGAUCCCCUCUGCACCAACUUCCCAGGAUGAUAUGAGGCUUUUCUGCUUGGACGUCGAGAUCAUGUGACUAAGCCUUUAUAAGAUGUUACACAAUAUUUACCAACUGUCAGAAUAUAUUUACAUAUCUGGAACGAACUUGAAACCCGAACAAUGGAGGUUUCUUCUCAAACAGUAGCACUCGUUAAUCUUCCCGCAAAUACAAAUAAUUUGCGCUAUGAUACCAAACCGAUAAUAUCUAUUUAUUUGCCCAGGAAACAUUAUAAGCGCUCUUAUGACUUUGGAUAUAAGGUGCAUUUUUAAUUUAGUGCAUCCUUUCAUCAUUUGCAAAUGUUAUCGAAGAACAAAAAGGAGCAGUUAUUAUUAGAUAAUGUUGGACUAUAUAACGUGCACAUUGGUGACUUCAUUCAGAACAUAAGGCACAGCAAGAUGGUGGGUCAGGCUAGUAGACAGUUCUCGUUGGAAGACAUCUUGCGUGAGAAGCAAGUGCAGCACGUGGUGCGUCAGUGCGUGGGAGCGGACACGUGGCGGGUGCAGGCAUGUCACGUCCGAGCAGCCACCGACGGGCUCGCCGGCUUCCUCGGAGACCAUCUCCGCGCUACCCUGCAGGUCGCAGUGGACGGACAGCUCAAGGACAUACAUCUGUUCAUCAAGUGCAUCCCCAUGAACAACCGCCCGAAGGCGGAGUUCAUCGACUCAAAUAACUACUUCAAGAGAGAACAGUACAUGUUUCAGUUGCUGGAAGAGAUUCGGGAUGAAAAAGAUCCCUACCCGUGGUGUCCGCGAGCCUACAUCUACACGGACUCGAUCAUCGUGAUGCCUGACCUGGCGGUGGAGGGGUACACCACUCGCCAUUACUUGGAGACGCUGGACCUCCCGCACAUGAUGCUGGGCACCGCCACCCUCGCUCGCUUCCACGCAGCAUUCACCAACUACGAGACGCGGCAGAGCAUCAUUAAUAACCGCCCUUACAACAGCAAUGAAGUUCUUGGUAACCUGCUGGUCGAACCUGCCUUCUGUGAUUCUCCCUUCAUGAAAACCUGCGCCAAAUUGACUGCUGACUUCCUCAAGGUUUUCUCUACCAAAUUAUAUAGAAACUUACCUAACUUGGAGGAAAAGAUAGCGAAGCAGUUCUUGGUAGCAUGUGAAGGCGUUAAAGAAUGGAAGGGCACCCUCAACGUGCUGAUCCACAAGGACUUGUGGGUGAACAACAUGAUGUUCAAGUACGAGGACAACGUGCCUACCAACGCCAUCAUCUUGGACUUCCAGCUGCUGCGGUACGCGCCGCCCGCCUUCGAUCUCAUGACAUUCGUGUACUUGACCACAUCGAGGAGCUUCAGAGAAAAACAUGAGAAACAAAUCUACGAUCACUACUUCUCGGUGUUUUGCGAUAAUUUAGACGAGGACUCUAAACAGAGGAUGAAAGAUUUGGGGUACGAUAGGGAUAGUUUCUUAUGGUGGUGUGAGCGAGCUCGCAUGUUCGGGGUGGUGGAGCCGGCUGCCAUCAACCCGUUCAUCCUGAUGGACCCGAAGACCGCGCAGAAGACGUUCGACGACCCGGAGACGUACCACCGGGUGGUGAACGAGGACCGCUCGGAGCCGGUGCUGCAGUAUGCCACCUCCUGCAGCGCCUACCGCGACCGACUGCUCGAGGUGUUCGAGGAGUUCGUCGAGAGGUACAUACUCAGCUAACUGUGAUUACUCUGUGAUACCGAUGAUAUGAUUAAUAAAUAAUCAAAAUGA